AUGUUUGAUACACAUGCUGAGAGGAUGUACGCAGAGAGGGCGGCGGAUGGUCGUGAAGGAGCUCAAAUUCCAUUGCAUUCGGAUAAUUAUCGCAGAGAAGCUGUUCCACCAGAAGAACGCUCGUCUUCCGGGGGGGAGGGAAAUAACGAUGGAACAUGGGGAGAACAUGAUCAAGGCGGACCAGUCGAUCGCUCAGCUGCUAUGCAAGAUUACGAACAACUGCGUCAGCAACUCACACAUUUAUCGAGAACUCGUUCACAGAAGAGUGCGGGUACUGCCCGAAGACCUUCGGCGCUGAAGAAAGUCGUGACUAACGCUAGUCGACGCUCACGAACGACUGCCGGUGAGGAUAUAGAGGCGCAAGAAGGGGAAGGAAAGCUCGAAGAAGAAGAAAAGCUCGAAGAAAAUGAAGACACCGCGGCUGAGGAGGAGGAUGAGGACGAAUUCGUACUGGGUGACUUCCUCAAGGAUGGCCAUUUUGAGAAACGAAACACGAGGGGAAGUGCUAAAAAGGUUGGUGUGAUAUACAAGAAUUUGACUGUACAGGGGGUUGGAGCAACUACAACUUAUGUCAAGACUCUCCCGUCUGCUAUCAUGGGUACUUUCGGACCCGACUUAUACAAGCUCCUAGCCCGAUUUAUCCCUGCACUGCCUAAACCUGGAGCUCAUGGCCAGAAACGCGAUUUAAUCCACGAUUUUACCGGCUGUGUACGGGAUGGAGAGAUGCUUCUGGUCUUGGGUAGACCUGGUUCUGGAUGCAGCACAUUCCUCAAGGCUAUUUCGAACAAGAGGGGUGAUUACGCUGCUGUCCACGGAGAAGUCUCAUAUGGAGGUAUUUCUGCUGAAGAACAAGCAAAGCACUAUCGAGGAGAGGUCAAUUACAACGAAGAAGACGAUCAGCACUUUCCGAGUCUUACGGUUGAACAAACUUUGGAUUUUUCACUCCUAAACAAGACAAAAAAGCAUGAAAAGGGAGAUAUCCCCACGAUAAUUACAGCGCUCCUGAAGAUGUUUGGUAUUUCUCACACGCGUCAUACCCUAGUUGGAGAUGCAUUCGUUCGAGGUGUUUCUGGUGGUGAACGGAAGCGAGUUUCCAUUGCGGAGACACUUGCUACCAAGAGCACAGUCGUUUCUUGGGACAAUUCUACUCGUGGACUUGAUGCGUCGACUGCAUUAGACUAUGCCAAUUCCCUAAGAGUAAUGACCGAUAUCAGCAACAGAACAACUCUUGUCACACUCUAUCAAGCCGGAGAGCAGAUAUACGAGCUCAUGGAUAAGGUGCUAGUGAUUGAUGAGGGAAGAAUGGUAUAUUCAGGACCGGCAGGUGACGCCAAGAACUACUUUGAAAGAAUAGGAUAUUAUUGCCCGCCGAGACAGACUACCGCAGAUUUCCUGACGGCUUGCACGGAUCCAGCCGAACGCCGGUUUCAGAAAGAUUUCAGGGGUCCUAUCCCAAAAGGCCCUAUUGAGCUUGAAAAAGCAUUCAGAGAAAGUGAAGAUUACAAGCUACUUCUAGAAGAUGUUGGAUCUUAUGAAAGGAUGCUACAUGAAACCGACCACGCGGAUGCACGACAAUUUAAGGCCUCCGUGGAAGAGACAAAAUCCAAGACUGUUGGUACCCGAUCACCUUACACAGUCUCUUUCUUUCGUCAAGUCCUUGCUUGCACAAAGCGCGAAAUUCAAUUGACUCUUGGAGACAAGACAACUCUAUAUACCAAAUUCUUUAUUAUCAUUUCCAACAGUUUAAUUGUCGGUUCCUUAUUUCACGGACAAGCAUCCAACACACUCGGAAACUUCUCUCGUGGCGGUACUCUAUUUUUCUCUAUUCUCUUCUUGGGAUGGCUUCAACUAUCUGAACUCAUGAAGGCUGUCGGUGGUAGACCUAUCAUCGCCAGACACAAAGAUUAUGCUUUCUACCGUCCAUCAGCCGUUGUAGUUGCUCGAGUCGUUCAAGAUUUCCCGCUACUACUGGUACAGGUUGUCCCGUUUUCUAUUGUAGUGUACUUCAUCACUGGACUUGACGUAGAUGCUGGAAAAUACUUUAUCUAUGUUCUGUUCAUUUACCUUACGACACUUUGCAUCACUUCUUUAUAUCGCAUGUUUGCCGCACUCUCGCCAUCGAUUGAUGAUGCUGUUAGGUUUUCGGGUAUUGGACUGAAUCUUUUGAUUAUUUACACCGGAUACGUAAUUCCUAAACCACAAUUAGUAUCUGACUAUAUUUGGUUUGGAUGGCUUUACUAUAUCAAUCCUCUAUCAUACUCAUUUGAAGCUGUCAUAUCAGACGAAUUCUACAACAAGAAUAUUCCUUGCGCCCCGGAACAAACUGUGCCCAGUGGUCCAGGCUAUACGAAUCCCGAAUUUCAGGGCUGUGCCUCUACCGGCGCUGAGGUCGGAAGCUUGAGUGUUUCAGGAUCUAGAUAUCUUCAAGAAAGUUUCGAUUACACAAGGUCGCAUCUUUGGAGAAAUUUUGGUGUCGUUAUUGCUUGGACUGUCCUCUAUAUCCUCGUCACUGCUAUUGCCACUGAAGUUUUUGAUUUCACUGCUGGUGGUGGUGGUGCACUCGAAUUCAAGCGUUCUAAGGCUGCGAAGAACAAGGUCAAAGCAGAAAAUGCUACACCCGACGAAGAAAACUCCCCGUCUUCCAGUCAGCUUCCCACAAGCGGCGCCUCUUCCAGUGACACGUUAGAGCCACCUCAAGCGGAAACACUCAAAGACAUCUCUGGCUCGGAAAGCGUGUUCACAUGGGAGAAUGUUGAGUACACUGUACCAUAUCUUGGCGGUGAACGCAAGAUUCUCAACAAGGUCAAUGGAUAUGCAAAACCUGGGCUCAUGGUGGCACUAAUGGGAGCCAGUGGAGCUGGAAAAACUACCCUGCUGAACACCCUUUCUCAGCGCCAGAAGACUGGUGUAGUGACUGGAGAUAUGUUGGUUGAUGGACGACCAUUGGGUACUGAAUUUCAGAGGGGUACUGGAUUCUGUGAGCAAAUGGAUCUUCAUGAUGGCACGGCUACCGUUCGAGAAGCCCUUGAAUUCUCUGCUAUUCUUCGACAAGAACAUACAGUUCCAAAAGCCGAGAAGAUUGAAUACGUAGAUAAGAUUAUUGAUCUUCUCGAGCUACGGGAUAUGCAAGAUGCUUUGGUCAGAUCUUUGGGCGUGGAACAGAGAAAGAGAGUUACGAUUGGUGUUGAACUAGCAGCAAAGCCUAACCUCCUACUCUUUUUGGAUGAGCCUACUUCUGGACUCGACUCCCAAUCUGCUUAUUCCAUUGUUCGAUUUUUGAAGAAGCUUUCUGCAGCUGGUCAAGCAAUCGUCUGUACUAUCCAUCAGCCUUCCUCGGUCCUCAUUCAAGAAUUCGAUAUGAUUUUAGCCUUGAAUCCAGGCGGAAACACUUUCUACUUUGGGCCCGUUGGCGAAAAUGGUUCUGCAGUGGUGAAGUACUUUGCCGAUCGUGGUGUGCACUGCCCUCCACAAAAGAACGUCGCAGAAUUUAUCCUCGAAACCGCCGCCAAGGGUGGAAAGCGCCGUGAUGGCAAGAGACUCAACUGGAACGAAGAAUGGCUUAAUUCCGAAGAAAAUAAACAUGUUAUGCAGGAGAUUCAACGCAUCAAGUCUGAACGUAGCAAAAUUCCAGCUCCAGAGGCUAGUUCCCAACGUGAAUUUGCUUCUCCGGUUACACUUCAAACAAUUGAAUUGACUAAACGUCUUUUUACUCAAUAUUGGCGUGAUCCAUCAUAUCUCUAUGGCAAGCUUUUCACAUCUGUUAUCAUUGGUAUCUUCAACGGCUUCACAUUUUGGCAAUUGGGCUAUGGUAUCAUUGAUAUGCAGAAUCGAAUGUUCUCCUCAUUCUUGAUUAUCCUCAUUCCUCCCACGAUCGUCAAUGGUGUUGUACCUAAAUUCUAUCAGAAUCGCGCACUUUGGGAAGCCCGAGAACUCCCUUCGAGAAUUUAUGGUUGGGUUGCAUUCUGCACUGCGAAUAUCGUCGCCGAGAUACCAAUUGCUAUUGUCGGAGCAGUGAUUUAUUGGGUUUUAUGGUAUUGGCCUACUGGUUCGCCAGGCGACUCUUCCACUUCGGGUUAUGUAUUCCUCAUGACACUACUUUUCUUCCUCUUUCAAGCCUCCUGGGGUCAAUGGAUCUGCGCCUUCGCACCCUCCUUCACCGUUAUCUCAAACGUCCUCCCCUUCUUCUUCGUAAUGUUCGGUCUCUUCAACGGUGUUGUCCGUCAAUACUCUCAGAUGUCCGUCUUCUGGCGCUACUGGCUUUACUAUGUUAAUCCAGCCACAUAUUGGAUCGGCGGCGUUAUCUCUGCUACCCUCUCCAAUGUCUCAGUCGAAUGCGCCUCCAGCGAAGCUGCUUAUUUCAAUCCUCCAUCGGGCCAAACUUGUUCCUCGUAUGCUAGUAACUUUGUUACUUCGGCCGGAAAAGGAUAUUUGACGAACCCAGACGCCACGGCGAAUUGUGGAUAUUGUCCAUAUGCCAAUGGAGAAGAAUACAUGGCGACGUUAAAUGUUAAACCGAGUGAUAAAUGGAGGUAUUUUGGAAUUUUCUUGGGAUUCUGUAUUAGUAAUUGGGCGUUGGUUUAUUUCUUCAUCUACACGGUGAGGAUUCGAGGAUGGAGUUUUGGAUUUGCAAGUUUGUUUGGAGGAUUGGGGAAGAUGAUCGGGAAGGUCAAGAGUGUGUUUAAAGGGAAGGAGAAGAAGAGCCAAUGA